GCCACUUUGUUGUUUUGGUUUUGUGUUUGCCACUGCUUGCUUGCUUGAAGAAAGUCGUUGUGUGCUUUGUGAACCGAUCGCUGCUGUCCUUCUCCACCCGCCCCCAUAUCCAUCCACCUUCCUUUCCCUGUAUCUGUUUCGAUUGAGCGCCGUUUGUCAAGAUGCCCACGCUUCAGGAGUUGUGCAACCUCGAGGAGAGCCUUCGCUUCGUAUGCAAGACCUCCAAGAAGGCUCUGCGUGUGAACCGCCAGGGAAAAGUUGACGUGAAAGGCGGCAAAGGAAAGCUGGUCUGGUUCUCCGUCUCCGGCGAACCAGACGAAGGCAUCAACCUCAUCAAUGAAUUUGCUGGCGUGAUGGUCGGUGUGCGUGGCGGCCGGCCCCGCGUCGACUGCGAGCGCCAGCUCAAGAUGGUGGAUGCCGGCAACGGCUAUGUUGCCUUCACCAACCCUGGUGGCCGGCGCUACCUCUGCGCCGUUGGUCGAAAGGCCAUCAUGCUCCGUGCCAGCCGUCCCAUUGCGGCCUGCAAGUUCAUGCCGUACACCAAGUCUGGCCGUGUGCCCGUGACCAACAUCCCGGAGGUCGAGCUCGAUGACGGCGUCGUCUUCCGCGCAGCGCCCGUGGGCCACAAGCACUUCCUGCGUUUCCUGAAGAAGAAGAAGGUCGACUGCCGAGGCGGUGCUGGGCUGCAGCCCUACAUUGUUGUGGAGAUGAAGGGCGACCAGAUGUUCCUGAAGAGCAUCAAGAACAAGUCGUACCUCUUCUUUGCAGGCACGAUGGUGACUGCAUCUCCAACGGGAUGCCCCGUGUCUGUUGAGCAGCAGGACGACGGGUCCUUUCUCAUCCUGGACGCCAGCGGCGCCUUUGCACUCGGCCAGAGCAAGGGCAACGUUCGCGCCGUGGAGAAGGAUUCUCGCUUCGCCACCAAGUUUGCUCUGCACGUCGAAGAGGAGCUGCCACCUCGUCUGCAGGCCAUCAUGGAUGGGGAGGACGAAGACGAUGACGAUGACGACUUCGGGUCGCCGGAGCCGAGCGCGGAUGAGGUGGUGCGGUCCGCCCCGCCGGAGUUCAACGAUCUUCUUGGCAUGAGCGCUGACGAUCGCAUGGAGCAAAUGCUUGCCAUGAGCGCGGCGAUGCAGGCGAUGUUUCCUCUCUUCCUGCAGGCGGCCGCGCAGCAGAAACUGCAGCAGAAGCGUUAUCGCAUGCACAAGCGCCGUGUCAUGGAGGAGGACGUGGAUGAUGACGCCGAAAACGCGCUCGAUGAAUUCGCAUCUCGCCUUCAGGAGGAGCCGACGCCUGAAGUGAUUGACUCCAUUCUUGAGAUGGAGGACUCUGAUGACGAAAUUGACGACGACGAAGUUGCGGAGAAGGAGGAGGAAGCGGAGCGGCUUGACGAUGACGCGCGCGCCGAGAUGGAAGAGGAGGUCGAACGCAUGCGCGAGGAAAUGGAGGAGGCUCGCGCUGCAAUGGAGGAAGAGCGCCAGCGGAUGCAGGAGGAGCAGGAACGCAUGCGCGAGGAGAUGGAAGAGCAGCUUGCGGCGAUGAUCGAAGCUGUUGAGGACGACGACGAAGAGGAAGACGAGAGUGAAGAAGACGAGAGUGAGGAGGAGGAGGAGGAGGAAGAAGAGGAGGAAGAGGAAGAAGAGGAAGAAGAAGGCUCUGGUUCUGGUUCUGACUCCGACUCGGAGGACGAGGAUGAGGAGCCUGAGAAUGUGCGCGAGGCGAUGGUUGAGCCCGAAGUUGCACUCCCACCAACAUCCGGCACCGUGCACGCCGCUGAAGACUACGACGCAGAGGAGAACUGCCGCAUCCUCAAGAAGGCCAUGCGCGGGUUUGGCUGCGACAAAGACAAGGUGGUGGAGGUGAUGCUGAAGGGGAACAACGAGCAGCGUCGCUCCCUCAUCACCACGUACAAGACCAUGUACGGAAAGGAUCUGCUCAAGUCGCUCAAGUCUGAAGUUGGCGGGAAGACGGGCGAUCUCGUGCAGUGCAUGAUGAAGAGCCCCGCCGAAUUCGACGCCUGGUCAAUCCACAAGGCUGUUGCCGGCAUGGGCACAACGGACAGCACGCUGAUUGAGAUCAUCUGCACCCGCAACAACGAGGAAAUUGCUGCCGUCAAGGAGGCCUACAAGCGCCGCUAUGGCAAGGACCUUGAGAAGGUUGUGAUCAGCGAGACGGGCGGCAACUACAAGCGCCUUCUCGUGUCGCUGCUGCAAGGUGGACGCAACAUCUCUGAUGAAGUCGACGAGGAGCUCGCAAUGAAGGAAGCCAAGCUGCUGCACAAGAGCACCAAGGGAUGGUUCACCGAUGAGUCAUCACUCAACCAGGUGCUUGCGCUGCGCAGCCCUGCCCAGAUCCGCGCCACGUGCAACGCAUAUCUGGAGGUGUCUGGCAAAGACAUCACGCACACCCUCAAGCGCCGUCUCUCGAAGGACCUUGCUCGCGGCAUGAUUGCGAUUGUGUCGUGCGCCCGCAACCCCGCGCGCUACUUUGCCACGCGCAUCUACAAGGCGUGCCACGGCCUGGGCACCGACGACCUCGCCCUCAUGCGCAUCAUCGUCUCCCGCUCAGAGGUUGACAUGGAGCAGAUCAAGGAGGUGUACCCUAGCGUGCAUGGCAAGUCUCUUGCGCGCACCAUCAAGAAGGAGACGAGCGGCCACUACCGCGACCUUCUCAUGGGCCUCAUUGGCGAGGCCGAGAACGACGAGUGAAGUCAUCGACCAGCAGCGGCAGGGGCGCACCGCAUCUUGGCGACGAAAUGCCUCAACGCUGACCUCUGUUUGUGUCGUGUUUCGUUCAAGCCACCGCCGUUCUUGUCACACUGGCAAACAAGCGUGCUGCCCCCCCCCCGUGUUGGCCGCACGCAUGUUCUUGCAUUCAGUGCUCUCCACUCCCUCUUUCUCCGUAGCACAAACCCUCCACAAUCCCCACACAACCCUGUUCGCCCUCCGAUCACACACGCAAAUGUUACAAGGCAUGUGCACGUACGCAGUGCCCUGGUGCACUCGUUUUCGUUCUGGUGCUUGCCGGUUCACGUGCAUUCUGGUUCCCUUUCUUGGGCGCACAACCACCAGCCCUGCCUUUUCUUCCCACCCGCCCCCAACUCACACUCUCAUACACAAGUCCAUCAAC